GGUUCCUCUGUAUGUCCCUCCAUAACCCCUCUUUUCUUUUUGCCUUCUUUCGUGUUCUCCAUCAAAUAAUAACACUUAUCAGCCUAUUCCUACCCCAAAAACCUUUGGUCUCUUUUUUUUUUCUACUCUCUCAAAAAAUGGCGAUUGCUGAGACCCACCCCCAACAACAAGAGAAGGUUUCUUCAGAUGCUUCAGCAGCUGAGAAGAAAAGAUGGACGCUUAGCGAUUUUGACAUUGGGAAGCCGCUUGGACGAGGAAAGUUUGGUCACGUUUAUUUGGCUAGAGAGAAAAGGAGCAAUCAUAUCGUGGCACUCAAAGUGCUUUUUAAAAGCCAACUACAACAGUCUCAAGUUGAACAUCAGCUACGCCGUGAAGUGGAAAUACAAAGUCACUUGCGCCAUCCCCAUAUAUUGAGGCUUUAUGGUUAUUUCUAUGAUCAGAAACGUGUUUAUCUGAUUCUGGAGUAUGCAGCCAAGGGUGAACUCUACAAGGAACUGCAAAAAUCUAAAUACUUCAGCGAAAGACGUGCAGCUACUUAUGUUGCAUCUUUAGCUCGGGCACUAAUUUAUUGUCAUGGAAAGCACGUAAUACAUAGAGACAUCAAACCUGAGAACCUGUUAAUUGGUGCACUGGGUGAACUUAAGAUUGCAGAUUUUGGGUGGUCAGUGCACACAUUUAAUCGCAGGCGGACUAUGUGUGGUACACUUGAUUAUCUCCCUCCUGAAAUGGUUGAAAGUGUAGAGCAUGAUGCUAGUGUAGAUAUCUGGAGCCUUGGUGUCUUGUGCUAUGAGUUUCUUUACGGGGUCCCUCCUUUUGAGGCCAAGGAACACUCUGACACUUAUAGAAGGAUUGUGCAAGUGGAUCUGAAGUUCCCUCCUAAACCAAUAGUUUCAUCUGCAGCUAAGGACCUCAUUAGUCAGAUGCUUGUCAAGGAUUCUUCCCAGCGCCUACCGCUCCAUAAGCUUCUUGAGCAUCCAUGGAUUGUUCAGAAUGCUGAUCCAUCUGGCAUCUAUAGAACUUAAGAUACAUCUGUUCCUUGAUAUUCUUUUUGUGAGGAUGAUUGUGCAAAGAUGGUUUCCAUGGAUUGUUCAGAAUGCUGAUCCAUCUGGCAUCUAUAGAACUUAAGAUACAUCUGUUCCUUGAUAUUCUUUUUGUGAGGAUGAUUGUGCAAAGAUGGUUUCAAAUUGAAAGUCCUGGUUCUUGACUCUGAAUCCUUACUUUGCUAUGUCUUCAAGCUUUGUAGGAAUAACAACAAUUUGUUCGUUAAAAUCCAUUGUAAUUCAUUUGUAUGUUAAAUUACUAUGAUUUGUUGUCUUGGCAUGUGUAACAUCCGCAACUGCAUUUAUUUGAAAAGAUAAUGCAAAGGAUUUGCCCAUCUUUU